AUGGGCAACCGUGUAUCAACCACACACCGUUUCCUCCGUUUUACUCGACAUAGGGGAGUCAGAAAUGAUUCGCCUGUAGGGGUAGAAGAACCUGUGAAAGUGGGAGAAGAGACUAAACAUAGCACAAGCAAUGAUGAGAUAGGGGAAGUGACGAAUAGGAUGCAACAAAAGACUACGAAUGAGAAUCCAGUGGAGGAGAAGGAGGUAGAAGCCGAGAUCGAGUGUAGAGAAGACACCGACAGCGAAUGCUCCUCUAGCUUGAGGGAAUUUCUAAUGCUGGAAAAGCUCUGUGAGGAGUAUGAAGACUUGGAACAGAUCAAGAAUAGAAUAGAAGAGGAGAAUGUAAGUGAGAAAGCAAUAGAGAAGACAGUAGAAGAGACUGAGAUUGAGAGUAGAGGAGAUGAAGAUGAGGAUAGCGAAUGCUCCUCUAGCUUGAGAGAAUUUUUAAUGCUUGAAAGGCUCUGUGAGGAGUUUGAAGAGGCGGAGGAGAGGAUGAGGAAGAGGAGAGAGCAAGAGAAGUUGGAAAUUGGAUUUAAGUUUCGAGGUGGACAGUUGAGUACAAUCGAAGAAGAAGAUGAAGAGGAGGAGGAGGACAGUUGGAUGAGAGAAAUAGGAGAGAAAUACGAACACUCAGAACACUUUCGAAAAGAAGAAGGUAAAGGUACGGCUUCCGGAGAGGGUGAUCACAUACAUGGGGAGAAACUGAUGUCUUUUGAAGAGUUCUGUGGGGAGAAUUUUGCAGUCUCUCCAACGUUUGUCGAGGACAUGAUGGAGGAGAGCAGAAUCUCCCAGAGGAGGCUUGAACAAGCACACGAGGAAUUUGGAAAGUCCCUAAACUUUUUCCUCGAUAUUAUGAGAUGGCAGGCAAGUUAG